UCCUCCAAAAUCAGGUGGAAAACACACUCGCUGGAUUAACCCCUGCAUGGAUAUUAUCAUCUCGCUUUCUGUCGGUACAGUUUGGACUAACAAUUUCAUAUUACGGCAAGUGUUGUGCUGCUGUUAUGCUGCUUUGGGACAUUAAGGAUCAGUUUUUUAUGGCCAAAAGUGUUGAAACAUCUAAAACAGAAAAUAUCCUUUUGGAAAAAACUUGAAGUGAACCGACGUGGAGGCGGGAAAACACAAGUUGAAAGUAAAAGUAUAAUUCCCUUGCUGCGGUUUUCUGUCAGAAGUGAAAAAUGGUUGGAAUUAAACCUACCGAUCUGCCUCCAACCGCUGCUGUCAAGUUUUUCGGAGCCGGUACAGCAGCAUGUUUUGCUGAUCUGGUGACUUUCCCCCUGGACACAGCAAAAGUCAGACUUCAGAUCCAGGGAGAGUCUGGAACAGCACCAGGAUCAGCGGUGCUGAAAUAUCGUGGGGUUUUUGGCACCAUCACCACUAUGGUUCGCACGGAGGGGGCCAGGAGCCUCUACAAUGGCCUGGUGGCAGGACUGCAGCGUCAAAUGAGCUUUGCUUCUGUGCGCAUCGGCCUUUACGACUCAAUGAAGCAAUUCUACACCAGAGGAUCUGAGAAUGCGAGUAUUGUGACGCGUCUGCUGGCUGGAUGCACCACAGGGGCCAUGGCGGUCGCAUUCGCUCAGCCCACAGACGUCGUAAAAGUGCGCUUUCAGGCUCAAGUGCGUCACACUGACGGAGGAAAGAGAUAUAAUGGCACAAUGGAUGCCUAUCGGACUAUUGCCCGUGAUGAGGGUGUUCGAGGACUCUGGAAGGGCUGCAUGCCAAACAUCACAAGGAAUGCGAUCGUGAACUGCGCAGAGCUGGUCACCUACGACAUCAUCAAGGAUCUCAUAUUAAAAUACGACCUCAUGACAGAUAACCUACCCUGUCACUUCACGGCUGCAUUCGGCGCUGGUUUCUGCACCACGAUUGUAGCGUCUCCAGUAGACGUGGUGAAAACGCGGUUCAUGAACUCGUCGGCCGGCCAGUACGGCAGCGCACUGAACUGUGCCCUCAUGAUGCUGACCAAAGAGGGACCAGCCGCUUUCUACAAGGGCUUCAUGCCCUCCUUCCUGCGCUUGGGAUCCUGGAAUAUUGUGAUGUUUGUUUCCUAUGAGCAAAUCAAGAGGUGUAUGACUCGAAUGCAGCACUCGUGGGAAUCGCCUUUCUGAACACACAACAUCAGUAUCUUCUAACUGUGACUGAACAGACAGCAAAUAUAACUCAAACGCCCUGUUGUGAGAAUGGAGGAAUCCCCAUCUGAAGUCUUAUCACUGAAAAAAGGCUGCAGUGUUGUAAGGCCAAAGGUCAAGCUCAUCAAAUAUGAAAGAUGAGUUAGCAAAGUGCCCGAUGAAGCAAAAUGUGCAUAUUGUCUGUUUUAGGGAGUUGGAAAAAGCACACUCUUAAAGAAACAGUGCAGGGAAAAACAAAAAUGCCUUUUCACAUGGCUUUUCUUUGACAUAUUUUGAGUAAAUCAUCAGUGCCAGUAAAUAACCUUUAUUUUGAAGUGUGUAAAUGUUUUUAUAUAUACAUAUGUUAAAUGUUUCUAAAACUGUCAUGAAUACGGGUCCAUAAAUUCUGAUCAAUAAAUGUAUAUUUAUACUAAGAA